AAAUAUUAAUUGAUAUUUAAUUUCGAUUGGUUGGUUAUUAGUUACGUGUACGUAUAUAUCUUUUUUACAAUAUGUAUGCUGCGCCCAUGUCAAACGGAUAGGAAAAAACAACACAAAAUAAAUAACUAUGGAUGGAAAUCAAUCAAAAGCAAGUGAUUCACAAUUUAUUUCAUUUCAAGACUUUCCUUCAAUAAAUCAUGAAGGAAAUAUUACUCAAGCACAAUUGGAUAUUAACACAACCACUCAUCAAGGUUUUAAUAACCUCUCAAGUGACACUUCAGGCAUUGGUAUUAUUGAAGAUCUUCAGGGAAUGCCUGAUAAAAAUGAAGCCAAUUCAUCACCAAAUUUUUGGACAAUAGAGUAUUAUCAAAAGUUCUUUAAUGUAAAGACAAAUGAUGUGAUAGAAAGAAUUAAAAGAUCUAUGUUUCCACAUGGUAGUGAAAAUUAUUUGAUAUCCCAUAUUAGACCAAAUCCAGAUCUUUAUGGUCCCUUUUGGAUUUGUGUUACACUAAUAUUUUCUAUUGCCAUUAGUGGAAAUCUGGCUGAUUAUUUACAAACAGCUAAUUCAACUAAAUAUCAUUGGAGGUAUGAAUUUCAUAUUGUAUCUUAUGCUGCAACUUGUAUAUUUUUAUAUGCAUGGUUAUUACCACUUACUUUGUGGGGAGCUCUAAAAUGGACUACAAGCACAAGAGAUACAGAAGAGGAAUUAAUUGAGUCUUAUGCAACCCCUGGUCUUCUAGAACUUAUAUGCCUUUAUGGUUAUUCUUUGGCUAUUUAUAUUCCUGUAGCUUUUUUUUGGACAAUUCAAAUUGAAUGGCUGCAAUGGAGUUUAGUUGUAGUAGCAACUUUUUUAUCUGGAGGGGUGUUACUAAGGUCUUUGUUGCCUUUAAUAACAGGCAGGUAUAGGAUAAUGUAUAUUAUAAUAAUCCUUGGUAUGCACCUUCUAUUGGCAAUAGGAUUUAUGCGAUACUUUUUUCAUAUACCAUCAAAGACUUCAAUUGUGGAACAUACAACACAAAUACAAACAGAAAUUAUAGGAAAUCAAGGUGCAAAUAAUCAUUCUGGCUAAUAAUAUUUCAAUUUGUUAUAUGUCAACAAUGGUGGAUUUGAAAGCAUCUAUAUUUUAUAAUAAGUUGCUGAUAAUAUUGGCAAGCACAUUUAUUCCAAUAAAUACCGACUGAUAAAAAAUGGAAUGAUAAAAUCGCACAUAUUCGUUGAAAGUUAAUUCCGUCUUUGUGCAUGUAGAUGUAGUAUUUAUACUAUACCUGUGAGCAAAAAAUAAUGAAAAUAACUAAAAUUUAUCACA